GCAUUCUGGGAUCGUCCCCGCACAGCGAGCAACUUCCUCUUCUCCAAGAUGGCGGGUGACGAGCCGGGAGUGACUCUGGGCCAGCCCCAUUUAUCCAAGCAGGAUUUGGCUACCUUGGAUGUUUCAAAACUGACACCCCUUUCACCAGAAAUCAUCAGCAGACAAGCAACAAUUAAUAUAGGUACCAUUGGGCAUGUAGCCCAUGGAAAGUCCACUGUAGUCAAAGCUAUAUCUGGUGUGCACACUGUCAGAUUUAAGAAUGAACUGGAGCGGAAUAUUACCAUCAAGCUGGGAUAUGCCAAUGCUAAGAUCUACAAACUGGAUGACCCCAGCUGUUCCCGGCCUGAAUGCUACCGCUCUUGUGGCAGCAGUACACCAGAUGAAUUUCCAACCGACCUAGUCAACACAAAGGGGAAUUUUAAAUUGAUCAGACAUGUGUCCUUUGUGGACUGCCCAGGUCACGACAUCUUGAUGGCUACCAUGCUGAACGGUGCAGCUGUUAUGGAUGCAGCAUUAUUAUUAAUAGCUGGCAAUGAAUCCUGUCCUCAGCCUCAGACCUCCGAACAUUUGGCUGCCAUUGAAAUUAUGAAACUGAAACACAUUCUUAUACUACAAAACAAGAUUGAUUUGGUGAAAGAAAGUCAAGCAAAGGAACAGUAUGAACAGAUCCUUGCAUUUGUACAAGGAACUGUCGCAGAGGGAGCCCCGAUCAUUCCAAUCUCUGCUCAACUUAAGUACAAUAUUGAAGUAGUUUGUGAAUACAUUGUAAAGAAAAUCCCAGUGCCUCUCAGAGACUUCAUUUCUGAGCCAAGGCUUAUCGUUAUCAGAUCUUUUGAUGUUAAUAAGCCAGGAUGUGAAGUUGACGACCUUAAAGGUGGUGUAGCAGGAGGCAGUAUUCUCAAAGGAGUGUUAAAGGUAGGUCAAGAAAUCGAGGUCCGGCCUGGUAUUGUCUCCAAGGACAGUGAAGGAAAACUAAUGUGCAAGCCAAUAUUUUCCAAAAUUGUGUCUUUAUUUGCCGAACACAAUGAUCUGCAAUAUGCUGCUCCAGGAGGCCUUAUUGGUGUAGGAACCAAGAUUGACCCAACCUUGUGUCGAGCUGAUCGUAUGGUUGGACAAGUUCUAGGGGCUGUAGGUGCUCUUCCUGAAAUCUUCACAGAGCUUGAAAUCUCCUAUUUCCUUCUGCGACGGCUGUUGGGUGUCCGUACAGAAGGAGACAAGAAGGCAGCAAAGGUACAAAAGCUGUCUAAGAACGAGGUGCUGAUGGUGAACAUUGGCUCCCUGUCUACCGGAGGCCGCGUCAGUGCAGUGAAAGCUGAUUUAGGAAAAAUUGUGCUUACAAAUCCAGUAUGCACAGAAGUGGGGGAGAAAAUUGCUCUUAGCAGAAGAGUUGAAAAACAUUGGAGAUUGAUUGGCUGGGGUCAAAUCAGACGAGGUGUGACAAUCAAGCCAACUGUGGAUGAGGACUAAACAGAGGAAAAGACUCGAAGGCUGCUAGCAAUGUUUUUGAUAUACCAGACAGAAACACCUGCCACAUGCCCAGUAAGGAAUUUCUAUCAAUUUGGAUAUAUUCAGUGUGCACCAGACAUUUAGCAUUUGCCUAAUUCUAAUUUAUAUUUGAGCAAUAUCCUCAACACUGGAGGUUUGCUCAACUAGGUCUUCAAAGACCUUCUGGCGUAUUACACAUCAAAUUAUAUGCUUUUCUUACAAAGUAAACAAACAUUUUCUUCACUCUUCCUGAAGUAGCCAUGGCCUUUGGGACAACUUCCACCAGUGAAUGAAUGUCAAAAAAUAAAGUUUUAAAAGACCAAA